UAUCACUUCCGAGUCUGACUGCUCCAAACUUAAUAGCUUUCUGUUGGACAUCAGCAAGUGGUCUAAGUCAAAUGGUCUUAUGUUAAAUCCUUCCAAAUGUCAGGCAGUUAACUUUACUUUCAAGCAUCGACGUGACAUACAUGAACUAGUUAGUUCCCAUGAUGCCUGUAGCAUAGAUGGCACAGAAAUUGAAACCAAGUCAAGCAUUAAAUACCUUGGAUUAGUUCUUUCCUCUGACCUUUCAUGGUCAUCCCACAUCUUAUUGAUCUCUAGGAAAAUGUUUCGUCUUACCUUCUACAUUAAAAAGUUAAGACAAUCAGGUAUCAACCAACCUUUAGUUCUGCAAUUUUUAAACUCCUGUAUUUUACCUAUUGUACUCUAUUGUUCUCCAUUAAUCUUUCCUGGGCUUCUUAAAAAAGACUAUGUCAUAUUACGAAGGGUAUUAAAUGCUGUGAGUAGGGCUUGUGGUUUGCCACUGCGUGAGCUCGCCAAUACUAUAGUCGAGAGACACGUAAAUUCCUGUACAAAGUGGGCAAAGGCCGUACUGUCAGACCCUCUGCACCCUCUUUAUUCACAACUAUCCCCUUGUAUCUCAUCAGGUAGAACGAGAAGUCAAUAUAAGAAAUUAUAUGCUCGUACCACUAAGUACAAAAAUUCUACAAUACCGUAUUUAGCCCGUAUUUUAUGUGAUGAAGACUCUGUUAGACGUGAAACAUAUAAGUUACUAUGUAAUUAGCAUAGUGAAUCGACCCUUUCAUUGUUCAUCUUUCUGUAAUUUUAUGGUGUCACCCUUUCUAUCGUUUAAUUAUAACUUUGCUAUUUUUAUUUUAGUUGUUAUUACUAUUAUUACUAUAAUUUUAUACUUUAUGCGUAUUUUUCUCCUUAUCGUAUACUGUAAUUGCUACAUAGCUGCUAUAAAAACGUUUUGUUAUCAUUAUAUGUAAUGAUUAUUUCGUUUAUUUAUUUUUUGUUGUUGUCGUUUUUGAGUAAAUUAGAU